CAUGCUUUUGGCGCGGUGGAGGCAGCUCUGGCGGCCAUUUUGGAGUCCGCUUCGACCACUCCGCCCUAGUCCCGAGCGAGCGAGUGAGAGAGACGCAGCCGUCGCGUAGAACUUGCCCGCCUCCCAUUGAUCUAUCGCCAGUCGUCCUUUCCCUCGCCGAGCCCCUUUAUCUUUUUCCGUCCCAAUUCGACGAGGACGACGGACACCGCGUGCUCUCUUGGCCGCCGAUCGAGCGAAGAAAUCGUCGAAGAAAGAAAAGCGAGCCGUUAUGGCGACUGCAACCCCAAGCCGUGAUGCUGGCCGGCCGGCGGCGACCGCGGCCGCCUCCUCGACGCCGCUCUCACCCACCCGCAUCUCUCGCCUGCAGGAGAAGCAGGACCUGCAGCAUCUCAACGACCGGCUGGCCGUCUACAUCGAGCGGGUGCGCUCCCUGGAGCUAGAGAACGACCGGCUGCUCGUGAAAGUGUCCGAGAAAGAGGAGGUCACCACCAGGGAGGUGAGCGGCCUGAAGCAUCUGUACGAGGCCGAGUUGGCGGACGCCCGCCGGGUUCUGGACGAAACCGCCAGGGAGCGCGCCCGGCUGCAGAUCGAUCUGGGCAAGGCCCAGGCCGACUUGGAAGAGGCCACACGCAGUGGCAAGAAGAAGGAUGGCGACCUGGCGGCGGCCAUGUCGCGGGCGGGGGCUCUGGAAAGUCAGCUGAACCAGAGCGAAGCGGCGCUGUCCACGGCGCUCAGCCAAAACGCCGCGCUCACCUCCGACCUGCUUGAACUCAAGGGCCUGCUGGCUAAGGCGGAGGACAGCCACGCCGUGGCCAAGCGGCAGCUGGAGGCCGAGACCUUGAUGCGCGUGGACUUGGAAAACCGUUGCCAGUCGCUCAGCGAGGACCUGGAGUUCAGGAAGAACAUGUUUGAGGAGGAGGUUCGGGAGUCUCGCCGCAGACAAGAGCAGAGAAUUGUGGAAGUGGACUCGGGAGCCAGACAGGACUACGAGUUCAAACUGGCCCAAGCCUUACAGGACCUACGGAAGCAGCACGACGAGCAGGUGUUUCUGUACAAGGACGAACUGGAGCAGACCUUCCAGGCCAAGCUGGACAACGCCAAGGUGUCGUCAGCCAUGAACGACAAGGCCGUGUGCACGGCCAGAGAGGAGCUGCAGGAGUCCCGCAUGAGAAUCGAGGGUCUGAGCUACCAGCUGAGCGCCCUGCAGAAACAGGCGGCGGCCGCCGAGGACCGCGUGCGGGAAUUGGAGGACAUCCUGUCGUCGGAGCGGGACAAGUACCGGCGCGUGAUGGAGGCCAGGGACCUUGAGAUGAACGACCUCCGCGAGCGCAUGAACACGCAGCUCUCCGAGUACCAGGAGCUGUUGGACGUCAAGCUCACGCUGGACAUGGAGAUCAACGCCUACAGGAAGCUCCUGGAGGGCGAGGAGCACAGGCUGAAGCUGUCCCCCAGUCCCUCUUCCCGCGUGACCGUGUCCAGGGUGACGGGCUCGUCCUCGUCCCGCACCUCCAAGCGCAGGAGGGCCGACCUGGAGUCGGGCGACCUGGCCGACGCGGGGCGCGGCGAGGAGCUGCUGCUGGCCUCCGAGGAGGACACGGCCAGCGGCGCCGUCUCCAUCUCGCCCACCGACAUGGACGGCAACUCGGUCACCCUGGCCAACGACACGGAUCAGGAUCAGCCUUUGGGGAGCUGGAGACUGAGAAGACAAGUGGAUGACGCCGACGAGAUCGUCUACAAGUUCUCGCCCAAGUUUGUUCUCAAGGCCGGACAAAGCGUCACCGUGUGGUCUGCAGACGCCGGCGUGGCCCACAGUCCGCCCACUGACCUCCUGUGGAAAAGCCAGUCUUCCUGGGGUACCGGAAGUGACAUCAUCACCAGCUUGGUCAACUCUGACGGCGAGGAAGUGGCCAGACGCAGCGUCAGCAAGAAGGUGCAGGUGGAGAACGGAGAGGAGGAGGAGGAGGAGGACGGUGAGGAGCCGGUGGUACACAAGAAGGCCAAAAUGGCGUCCAGGGAGUGCGCCGUCAUGUGAGGCCUCAGCAGCGAGCGUUGGAGCCUCUCUACCUUCGUCCUCAUCCUGAUCCUGUCCGUCGCAUCUGGACGAACGCCUCCAAGUUUGUCUUAGUCGCCACACGUUGAUAGCGGGCCUCCUUUGUUCGACGACAAUGUGUAUGGUUUGUUGUUGGCCAACAACAUUCCCACUGCCAGCGUCACCGCCAGACUCCUCAGAUUUUUUUCAAUCACUUUCCUUAAAGGCUUCCAUUGCGCCGUUGACACAAUACCAUCACAAAAAAAACCACAAAUUUUAAACAUUUCCUUCGCUUUUGUUGUUUUUGUCUUCCUCCCCCAGCCCCCCCCCCCCCCCCCAAAUAUAUAAACAUUUGAUUUUGGCAUGAAGUCAACUGGCCAUGCCAUGUGAUCACCUCGUUUCUAUCAACUUUUUAAAACUGCUUGAGCCCGAUUGAUUGGUCGGUUGAUUCCUUGUUCCUUUGAGCGGUUCCGAUGUAUCGAACACUACAAAGACCAAAA